UUCUUCAAUUUCUCGGAACCUCUCUCUGUCUUUAAGGGUUUUUUCGUAGAGACAGAUCUUCCUUUUUUCUCCUUAAAGUUUCCCUUUUUAGUCUCUACCAUCAAGACAUUAAUUAAGGAAAUCUAAAAAAAAUGGAAAUCGAAUCGAAUCGUAGACGCGUAGCAGAUCUUCACACGUCGUAAUUAACAACGAUGCGUAUGCUUGUUCCCGUAGGCACCAAGGCAUCUAUAUAACAUUGAGUUCACAAUGUUUCAUCUUUCACAUUCAAUUCCAUAAUUCUUCCUCUUCGUGUAGUCUUGAGAGAAAAAAAAACCUAGUUUCUUGACGAAUCAAGGCAAAAUCACGAUGAAGCAAGCUUCUUUUUCUUCUUCUUCUUCUUCGUCUCGUAAUUCAACAAGUUUAACAAACAGACUUAAAACCAUCUUCAAGAAAGCUUUGGAGCUUUCGAUUCUCUGUGCUAUUGAGGUUUGUGUCAUCUAUUAUGGACCAGGCGGUGAACUAAAAACAUGGCCUAAGGAGAGAGAGACAGUGAAAGACAUGGCUUUGAGGUAUAAAGAGGCAAGAAAACGCAAGAAGAGCCUCAAUCUUCACGAGUUCCUCGACAAGGAGAAGGACAAGGACAAGGACAAGGACAAGGGGAAGACAAAUUUGAAGAAGAAGCAGAAGAAGAAUGUCAAGUAUCAUGAUUGGUAUCCGAACUUUGAUCAUUACUCUCCCCACCAACUCUCUCAAUUGAAUCAGUCCUUAGAACAGACUCUCUCAACUUUGCAAGAAAGGCUUCGUUUUGUUGAGGCGCAGAAACAACAGAACAUAAACUUGGUUGAUCAGAAUUUAACACCAUCGUAUCUGAACCAGAACCAACACUUGAAUCCUAGCAAGUUCUCGCUGUAUAUGUACAACCAUGGAGAUGCUACUCUCUCACAACUCCCACUGUCUGCUUCACACUCCGACCAACUCACCAAUUACCAAAAUCACUUGAUGCAGCAGCAGGAGCUUUAUGGUUUUGGUCAGAACUUGUGUUUGGGCAACAUCACCAACACAAACUUUCAACGUCCUUACGUGUCAAACACACAAGACUACUCACCGUUACUUUCAGCACAAGCAUCUGUGGUGAAUAACUACGGGUUGAAUAAUCACUCGAUGCAGAAACAGGACCUUCAUGGUAUUGAUCGGAACGUAUGUAUGUUGAGUGAAAUCAUCAACAACAACAACAACAACGAUCUACAACAUCCUAAUCUCUCAAACAAGAUUCCACAUGAAUUCUCUUCUGAUUUCCAGCAGAACCCUUAUUUUAAUACGGUCGGUAACACUAGCUUCUCUCAAGAUAUGUUUUCAAGCUAUGAUGCGAGCAGUUUGCAUCAGACAUCUUCCCUGCCACCCCUUCACAACAUUCCUAACAGUUAUUGUUUUUCUGACAACUCAAGACUUCUCUAAUAACAAAUCUGUCCAAAAGAAAAAAAAAUUGAAGCUU